AUGGCCUCCCGGUACCUCCUGGCCUCCUCCUCACAUAAACUCAUCAGAGCAGCAGCAUCCGGCGGCUUGGCAUUGCGUCCCCUAUCUCAUCAUCCCAUCAUCUCCACCACCGCCGCCACGCGCCGCAACAUGUCCUCCUCCUCACCCUCAGAGGUCUCGAGACCGGCCAUCACGACGCCGCCGGCAGGCAAGUAUGAGUUCCUGGUGGUGGUGCCGGACAAGGCGGGCGUGCAGCAGAAGCGGCUCGAGGUGAGAGCGAAGCACUUUGAGGGCAUCAAAGCACACGUCGAGGCCGGGACGUACAAAGUGGGAGGUGCUACACUGAAUGAUAUACCCGAGGGCAAUGAUCCUGCCAAGUGGGACUUCCAUGGCAGCACGGUGGUCAUGGUGGCUGCGUCCAAGGAUGAGGUCCUGGAGGUCCUGAGGAAGGAUAUUUACACCACUAGCGGUGUCUGGGAUGUUGACAAUGCCCAGAUUUGGCCGGUCAAGCUUGCUUUCAGAUACCCUUAG